CUGUAAGGGUGCAUGUGGUUGUGUGUGCAUGCAAUGCUGGGCAUUCAGCACUGUUGGGGCUCUUGAAGGUCAGCUGAUGAAGACCACAGGAAAGCUGGUUGACCUCAGCCCUCAGAAUCUGGUGGACUGUUCCUCCAGUUACGGCAAUAAGGGCUGCAAUGGAGGUUUUAUGAGUGCUGCCUUCCAGUACAUUAUUGAGAAUGGUGGAAUAGACUCCGAGUCAUCUUCUUACCCUUAUGAAGGAUUGGUCAUGAUGUUCGGGAGCUUGUUGUUUGCUGUGUGUUGUAGCACAGCACUGGCCCAUUUCAACACAAAUCUAGACCAGCACUGGGAGUUGUGGAAGAAGACACACAACAAGUUUUACUCCAGUAAGGAUGAGGAUCUUGGAAGGAGGGAGUUGUGGGAGAGAAACCUUGAACUUAUCAAAAUUCACAACCUGGAGGCCUCCAUGGGCCUGCAUUCAUAUGACCUGGGCAUGAACCACAUGGGUGACAUGACAGUAGAGGAGAUUCUGCAGUCACUGGCCACAACUCGUGUCCCUCCUGGCUUUAAGAAGCAAACAUUAGAGUUUGUGGGCUCACCUGGAGCUGCUGUCCCAGACUCUCUGGACUGGAGAGAGAAGGGAUAUGUCUCCAGUGUGAAGAAUCAGGGUGCAUGUGGUGCUUGCUGGGCAUUCAACUCCAUUGGGGCUCUUGAAGGUCAGCUGAUGAAGACCACAGGAAAACUGGUUGAACUCAGUGUUCAGAAUCUGGUGGACUGUUCCUCCAGUUACGGCAACAAAGGCUGUAGUGGUGGUUGGAUGACUAAUGCCUACGAGUAUGUUAUUGAUAAUGGUGGAAUAGACUCUGAGUCAUCUUACCCUUAUAAAGGAGUGCAAGGGCCAUGCAAAUAUGAUCCAUCCCAGAGGGCUGCAAACUGCACCAAUUACUAUUACGUCCAUCAGGGAGAUGAGGAGGCCCUGAAGCAGGCUGUUGCCAACAUUGGACCUAUUUCGGUUGCUAUUGAUGCCACCCGCCCUCAGUUUAUCCUGUACCACAGUGGAGUUUACAAUGAUCCCUCCUGCACCGAUGUGGUAAACCAUGGAGUUUUGGUUGUGGGGUACGGUGCAAUGGCUGGACAGGAUUUUUGGCUGGUGAAAAACAGUUGGGGUACUGGAUUUGGAGAUGGUGGCUACAUCCGUAUGGCCAGAAACCAGAACAACAUGUGUGCCAUUGCCUCAUAUGCCUGCUAUCCGGUUAUGUAGCUGAAAUCCAGUCGAAAUCUAGAAAUGUAUAAAAAUAAGAUUUGAGCUGUAUUUUAUAAUCUCAUUUAUUAACUUUAACUGUGUGUUCUAUUUGUUUUUUUGUUCCCCGUUGUCUUUUAAAAAUGUAUGUAUCAUAUAAUUAUCUUAAAUACUGAAUUUUAAAUCUUUCUUUUUUUUGGCUUGUAAAGCUUUAAGAGUUCAAAUGCUUUCAUUCUAUUCGAUAUGUUUACAAAUGAUUCGGUUUUUGUCACACAGUUUUAUCAAUCACAAUGAACAGAUUCACAUAUUUAAGGUGACCUGUUAUGCCCCUUUUUACAAGAUGUAAAAUAAGUCUUUGAUGUCCCCAGAGUGUGUGUUAAGUUUUCUCAAAACACCCCACAGAUAAUGUUUUUAAAGUCAGUCAUGUGAUUGUACUGUGCAUAAUAAAUGUGAGUUACACAGACUGGGAGCAUGGCGUGAUAAAAAUAACAACAUACCUGUAGCUAGUCUCAUGGUGCCUUGUGUCCCACUUGUGAUUAUGAGCUCAACAAAUUCAAACGGUCGACAUCACGUUUCUUGUUUUUUUUGUUUUGUUUUUUUUACCACAUUCCUAUUUAUGAUCAUUCUGGUAGCACGUGAAGGCAGCAUCAGUGAAAAUGGAUAAACAGUGGUAUAGCUUUAUCUAAUUGAUCCCUCUUUCAGGAGCAACCUUUGCACAACUCCAGCAAUGAACUGACCCUUGUUUGUGGGGCAUUCCUACAUAAAGUGAUUGGCACAAA